AUGAAAAAGAUCCAAUCUCUUUCAUUAUCUCUGCUGCAGCAACAAAUUGCGGAUUUACCCUUUGAUGUGCUUAUUCGGCGUAUUCAUUCUAGUUCGCAAAAAAACAUAUCGCGUUCUCUUGAAGCUCAUUUUCUAGGUCAAAGACUUCAUGAAAAUUAUGGAGGAAAUGGUGCCCCCUUUCAUCUCAAAACAAUUACACCAUAUAAUAUUGCAAAAGAAGUAGAAAAAGUAUCAAAAACGAAAACAGAAGAAGAAGUUUCAUCAGUAUUAGUUUCUUCUUCUGAACUUCGAGAAAUUUUAAGCCAACGACUUCUUUUGGAUGUACAACAGUCUAGAUCAAGACUAAAACUGAACCUUGAUGAUCUUAGUUUAAUUCUAGCAAAUGCAAUACGACACAGAUUUUCUUUUGAACUUACAAAUACAACUUUAAUUCUCUUUAUAGAAGCUUUAAAUAAUGCCAAAGGUGUAGAAAAUUCUUCACGGCAGGUUGAAGCUCUUUCUCGUGUUAUGGAAGUUUGUUGUGAUGAACUUGAUCAGUGUAAUACUAUAACAUGGGAUGCUGUGGCAAAUCUUGUAGUUACUGUAGAACAACGGUGGUCUCUGUUUACCAAAUCA